AUGAAUUAUUGUAAUGUUAGACAAACAAUUGUUGACCGGAGCCACUCAUCACCAACAUCACCGAUAACGCCACCAUCAUCGCUGCUGACGUCAACAUCAUCAGAAAACUCCAGAGACUCUUAUAGAUCAAUAUGGAAAGAUUUCUGUAAACAAAAGUACGGGGAAGAAAAAAGAAAUAAAAAUGGAAAACUGAAAAAUUAUGGAGAAGUCAUCAUUGAUCACCUUGAGGAAGUGGAAGUUAGUGACGAUGUUUUUAAUCAGGACAAUGGUCGUUUGGACGAUAGGAAUGUUAUUAAAUCCAGCGAUGACGGUACUACCACUAGCCACAACAAAAAUUUGAGCAGCAACGACACCACCACCAAAAACAUCGACACGGACCACAUAAAAAAAUACAAAUAUAUUUGCGACAAUUGUGGAACUGAAAAACAAUUUCAAAUCACAUCAGACAUUUCAGUAAGAGUUGACAACAGCAGAAACAUCGAUCAUAGAGUAAGAAAAAAAGUUUCUUUUCGGGACAUGAAACCGAAACAUAAAACCGAAACAAAAAUGUUUUUCAACAACUCUGACAAAAACGAAGGGAGUUUCUUAAUUGGUUAUAACAGAGAUAUGAAUGACAAUGAAUUUAAAAAUUCUAAAAGCCACGUUUCUUAUAUAAAUUUAAUUAAAAGCAGGUCAAAUCCUGAAAUUAACACAACCAGUAGCAGUAGAGAAUACAUAAAUAGCACAGACACAAGCAACCUAACUAUAAAAAGAAUAUACCAGGAACAUGAUUUGGAGUCUAUAGGACCGCAUGCUUCAAAUGACGUAUUAGUUAUGUUUAAUAAGAAAAACACAUCCACCGAAAGCAUUUUAAGAAAUUUGGCUAUAGAAGCGACCAGCGUCAACAAAAACUGCAACAACAAUAACGGUAACAGCAUCACCACUAACAACAAUAACAACAACAACUAUAGAAACAGCAACAGCAAAUAUAACAACAAAAUCAAUAAAAAAUUUUCUUUAAGUGACGGUAAUUUGUCUAAAACUGCCAGUAAAAAAAAUUUGUUUAAUACAAAAAAUCUCAAUCCACUUCAAUUUAUUGGAAGAAUUUUCAAUUAUGAGACAGUCUUUGAAGAAGUAAUCUAA